AUGUGUGCUGCCCCGUUGACCAUCUUGUUCCUUUAUCUCUUGUUCAUUCCAGGUAUCCAUCCAGGUAACACCCCGGGCAGUGCCAACAGUAACACGUCUACGACGACCAACCAGACAAACAUACCGCCCUUUGUUGAAGUGAGCAACGGGGGCAAUCUAAUUGUUCCUGGCAGUGUUUUCGGCGCCAUCACCAUAUUGCUAGCAGCCAUUGUGCUCGGUCGGCGUGCGCAACGCGCCAAAGUUGCCAUGGCUGCGCAUAACGACGCCUGUGCAUGGUACUGCUCAGGCAAGGCGAGCACGCAGCGCAACGAGCGCACAAGGAUACUGCAGCCAAUACCCGAGGCGCAGGAGGACGAGCGACCAUGCGAAGCUUGCCGUGCCCAGGCGCAGAAACGACUGCGCUGCCCGUCGCACUCCCGGGAAGCAGCAGUGCCGUCCAGCCAGGACUACUCGGGUCCCAUUAGCUCACAGCCGUGGAGCAUUUCUACUGGCUCAUCGUACGGCAGCACGGACUUUGCAUUCACAUGCCGUGAUGCCACGGUCACUCAAAGUCUGCCCAUUCUCUACAUCAUUGAUCCGGACGGGCCAUCUCUGGCUGAAAAGAGCUACAGUAUUUAUUAGAGCUGCAGUGGCUGAACCAAGCAAGCCACAGAAUCCGUCCCAGGACUGUGCUAGGACUGUGCCACUGGGCAUAGCGCAUGACAUUUGGUGAGCAAGCUUGCAUCGUGAACGCUUUUUUCGGUGAAGCUGCACCGAGAGUCUACUGUUGAGAAUCUCUGGGCUAUCUCUCAAGCAGUUGCCAAACCAAGAGGUAGCCAGUGCUCACACAGUCGCCAUCUGCUGUCCAGGCUCCUGCUGCACAGCAUGCACAGCCAGCAGGAGAUUCAAUGCAGCAAGUGUGUCUACUGCGAGAAAAAAAAAACGCGGGGCAAAUCCAAGCAUGUGCAUGACAAUGAUGAUGAUGUUGGCGGUAGUGGCGGUGGCAGUUUUGAUUGCCGUGGCUGUGUCGGUGGUGGCAUCGGUGGUCGUCGCGGUGGUGGUCAUCACGACCUUACACAACUUCCCUGGAAUUGGACCCAGCAACGGACGUUGGCUAUGUUCAAUGGGAAAGGGUAAGCAUGCUUGAUCAUUCCGCUGAUAAAUUUGGUACGUCGGCAAUGCGCUACUGCAAGCAACAUGCACAAACUGCACUGUCCAGGCAGCAGGGUUAUACUACUGUC